AUGAAAUUAGGCUUAUUAGGCUACGAUGCCUCAGACAUAGAAUGUAUUGGAUUAACCAACCAAAGAGAAACCUUGAUUACUUGGGACAGCAUGACAGGUCACCCAUUAUAUCCUGCCAUUAUCUGGAGCGACGCUCGUACCAUCGAAACCGUAAAGACCCUUUCUGAAAAGUCUGAUAAGGGCGUAGAUGCCUUAAGAGAUAUCUGUGGUUUGCCAUUAACCACCUAUUUCACUGGUGUUAAAUUAAGAUGGCUUCUAGACAAUAUACCCGUUGUGUCACAGGCCUUGAGUCAAAACAGAUUACGUGUUGGUACUGUUGAUACUUGGUUGAUCUAUAACCUUACCGGUGGAUUAGAUCAUAAUGGUGUUAUUGUUACUGAUGUGACUAAUGCAAGCAGAACAAUGCUUAUGGAUAUCAACACUCUUAAUUGGAGUCCAGAGUGCAUAGACUUCUUUGGUUUCCAACAAGUCUUAUUGCCAAGAAUUGUUUCUUCCUCUCAAGUCUACGGUACUAUGUUUGAAGGCUCACUGAAGGAUAUACCCAUUGCCGGUUGUCUAGGUGAUCAACAGGCAGCGCUUGUAGGACAGCAAUGUUUCGAAAUCGGCGAUGCCAAAAACACAUAUGGCACGGGAUGUUUCAUGCUGUUUAAUACGGGUCCAAAGCCAGUUCAAUCAAAAAACGGCUUAUUAACGACAGUCGCUUAUAAGUUCGGAGAGACAGCCCCUGCAUAUGCACUGGAAGGUUCAGUUGCAGUUGCUGGUUCAUCUAUUAAUUGGCUUCGUGAUAAUCUUGGGGUCAUUGCUGACACUGCAGAAUUAAAUAGCUUAGCUUCGGCUGUGAAAAAUACUGCUGGGGUCUAUUUCGUUACCGCUUUUGCCGGUUUGUUUGCACCUUACUGGAGAUCAGAUGCUCGUGGUACAAUCUGUGGUAUCACACAUUUCACAAGAUUAGAACAUAUCUGCAGAGCUACAUUAGAAGCUGUCUGUUACCAAUCACGCGCCAUUCUAGAUGCCAUGAACAAGGAUUCUGGCUCUCCUCUUCGGUCCUUGAAAGUCGAUGGUGGCAUGUCCAACUCUGACCUUUGUAUGCAAAUUCAAUCCGACGUCUUGGGUAUCCAGGUUGACCGUCCCUUAAUGCGUGAAACAACCGCCCUUGGUUCCGCCAUCGCUGCUGGUUUUGCUGUGGGUAUCUGGAAGUCUUUUGACGAACUCAAGUCUAUCAACCGUGAAGGAAGAACUUACUUUGAAUCCAACAUUACACAGGAAAAGAGAGACAAGAUGUGCGGGGGUUGGGAACAAGCUGUAAAACGUUCUUACGGUUGGGCUAAUAACGCUACCACCGUGCCUACUCAUGAUGACGUACUUGAAAUUUAG